UUCACGUCCUCCUCUUGCUCCUCCCCCCCUCCUCUUCUAACUCCUUCGCUGCUGUUCUCCUGUUCCGCCUCCUCCUGGUGGCUCCACCGUGGGGUCCCUGCUUUAGGGUUUCCUUCCGCCUCCGCUGCUGUAGUCCCUGCACUUCCACCUCCCUCCCACCAUCCCUCCUGUUGUUUCCCCUCUCCGUCUAGGUCAUCCCCAGCUCUCGCCGCAACGUCCUCCAUGGCCAGCACCCGCUGCCCGCCCGAUGUGCCCGCCGACCACGCUGCCACACGUCCUCCUGACUCUUCUGCUCUCGAUGCCACUGCCUCCCUGCAUUACUCCGACGAUGAGCGAUCCGUUGCUGCUGACUCUUGGUCCGUCCGCAGUGAAUACGGUAGCACCUUGGAUGGCGAAGAUCAAAGGAAUGCCGACGUUGUUGAUGCUUUCAAUGCUUCUUCGUUUCGCACCGCUGAUUAUCUAUCAGACAAGGAAGAGAACGAUGCAGAUGUGGAGCCUUCAGUACUCGGCCUGCAGUCGCAUUGGGAUGCAACCUAUGCAGACGAACUCGUCAACUUUCACGAGCAAGGCGACGCUGGUGAAAUCUGGUUCGGAGAUGAGGUGAUGGAAACUAUGGCCGCUUGGACAGCUAGAGUUUGUGUUUCUGUUGCAGCAGGCCUGCCCUGUGACGAUGUAGAUGUAUUAGGGACGAGGGAGGCUGUUUUCGCUGUCGGUUCAGUAGCAUUGGAACUGGCGAGCUGGAAUGUCCUUGAUCUCGGUACUGGGAAUGGCUUGCUUCUGCAUGCUUUAGCAAAGCAAGGGUUCACAGAUUUGACAGGAACCGAUUAUAGUGAGGGAGCAAUCGAGCUUGCAAGGGCAAUAUCAGCGCGGAAUAACGUUGACAACAUCACGUUUGUAGUUGACGAUGUUCUAGACACGAGAAUUAAUCAGCUUUUCAAGUUGGUGACGGAUAAGGGAACUCUUGAUGCCAUUGGACUUCAUCCUGAUGGUCCUUCACGCAGGGUUCAAUACUGGAAGGCUCUCACCAAGUUGCUUGCCCCUGGCGGAAUACUGGUGAUUACCUCUUGUAACAGCACCAAGGAUGAACUAGUUGCUGAAGUGAAUCGGUUCACUCAUAUUCAGAAAAGCAAUGGCUUUAAUGUCAAAGAUGAUAAGGAUACCAAUGGCCUGUGCGUUGGUUCCACAGAGCCAACUUUUGAGUACUUAGACCAUGUUCGCACUUAUCCUACGUUCCGAUUCGGAGGUAUUGAGGGAAGUAGAGUCUCGACUGUUGCUUUUAUUCUGAGUAUAGAUUCUACGAUGUAAAUUUGAGAGGACAUAUAUAAUCUGCAAUAUGCAGUUAGAUUUGGCAAGAGGCAUAAUGAAUAUUUAUACUUGGGUGCUUUGUUGCGUCACUGGGAAACUCUUUUUGGAACUUGUGUACAUGCAUCUAUGUGCCCAUCCAUGUGAAAGAAACCUGUUUUCAUAA